AAGUAAAAAAUGGCGGCGAGUCUUGCUGAUUGAGUUAGCUUGAUCUUAGCACAUCUGAGAGCAGAAUUUCCCAGAGAUCUGUCUGUAAUUGAUUCUCCCACAAGGGAAAACCAUGAGGCACAACAUGCCCCCUCCCCUUAUGUCCCAAAGGGCUCUCCCACCAAACAUGAGAGGACCACCACCUCGUGGGCCUGUUGGACAAAAUCCCAGAGGUUCACUUUUGGGACAACCACCAAGCCCUUUUAUGCGAGGACCUUUUGAUCCAAGGAAUGCCAUGAAUAACAUGAGACCACCAUUUGGAGGACCUCAGGGAAAUGCUCCUAUGCUACCCAAUAUGCAGGCACGACCAAUGAUGCCAAAUCAAAUGCCUCCUCCUAUGAUGCCGAACCAGCAGCAGAUGCAGUUGCAGAUGCAACAACAGCAGCAGCUGCAGCAGAAUAAAGAUCCUCCCAUGAUUGAUGCCAAUGGUGACUUGUGGCUUGAGCACAAGACUCCUGAAGGAAAGACUUAUUAUUACAAUGCCAGAACCAGAGAGUCAGCGUGGGAAAAACCAAAAAAUCUAGUGACCCCCCCAACACAGAAUCAGCCACCUACUUCUGCUCAACCAGGACAACAGGUUCAACAACCAACUCAACCGAUUCAGGCACAGAAUGUUCCUACUGAAGGACAACAACAAACUCCCCCUGCAGAGCAAGAUACAGCACAAGCAAGUGAUCAACAACAGAAUCAGAAUCAGCAGCAGACUGGAACACAGCAGCAGACAAACACCACAACUGCUACACCUGAGAAGCUUCCACAACAAAGCAAUCCUGGUAUGCCACCUCCUGGGGCAUUUGUCCCUGGUAUGCCACCACCUCGACUUCCACCCCCUGGAAUGAUUCCUGGUAUGAUGCCGCCACCACGUCUUCCUCCGCCAGGUAUGCCCCCUCCAGGACUGCCAAUGCCUCCUCCCUUGGGUAUGCCACCCGGCCUUAGCAGUGAGUGGUCUGAGCAUCGCACAGCAGAUGGAAGAGUCUACUACUACAACUCUAGAACCCUACAGUCGACAUGGGAGCGGCCUAAGGAGAUGGACCAGUUGCCACCCCCAAUGCAAGGGAUGCCGCCACCAGGAAUGCCUCCUCCUGGAAUGCUUCCCCCUGUAAUUUUCCCAGGACUGAUUCGACCAGGAAUACAGCAACAACCCAUGCCUGCAGGGGGUCCAGGCAUGUUGCCAGAGCCAUCCUCUCAGGGAGAUGCUAGGGAUAAGGACAAACCUCAGGAUGUUAGUGACAAAAGACUGGAGAGCAGUGAAGAUGCUGAAGCUGCUAAAGCAGAGGAAGAGAAGGAAAGUGAAGAAGCAGCAAAAGAAGAUAAUCAAGAGGAAGAUGGGGACAAGAGCAAACCAGUUGCCAGUCAACUUAUUCCUGGAACAAGUUGGUGUGUUGUGUGGACAGGAGACGAAAAGAUGUUCUUUUUCAAUCCCACUACAAGGUUGUCCAUAUGGGAGAAACCUGAUGAGCUUGAGAACAAUGAAAAAGUUGAUGAGAUUGUUAACAAGGGCCCCCCAAAGAGGCAGCCAUCAACGGAAUUAAAAAAAGAGAACAAUACCCCAGCUGCUGUUAUUGAAGAUAAUGAUGAGGGCCCUCCUACCAAAAAACAAAGGACGGCAAGCCAGAGUGAGGAAAUACAUGAUGUGCAGAUGAUUGACACGGAAACAAAAGAAGAGAUGUUGCAGCCUGAACAUGUUGAACAACAAGAGAUAGUUGAACAACCUGUGAUUGUGAUGCAACCAGUGAAAAAUAUCCCAGUGAAAGAAAAGAAAACAAUGCUAUCACUUGAUGACAGGAUGAAAGAGUUCAGAGAUAUGAUGCUGGAAAGAGGGGUGUCAGCAUUUUCAACUUGGGAAAAGGAGUUGCCAAAAAUAGUAUUUGAUCCCCGAUUUUUACUGCUAACACAAAAGGAACGGAAGCAGUGUUUUGAAAAGUUUGUGCGCACUCGUGCUGAUGAGGAGAGACAAGAAAGAAAAAGCAAACUAAAGGCCAAGAAAGAUGAAUUUAAAGCUUUGGUGGAAGAAGCAAGAAAUGCAGGAAAGUCAACUUUCAGCGAGUUUGCCAUGAAGUAUGGAAAGGAUGAUCGAUUCAAAGGCAUAGAAAAAAUGAAGGACAGAGAGAGUCUUUUCACAGAGUUCAUGGCUGAGCUGAAGAAGAAGGAAAAAGAGAGUCUGAAACUCAAGCACGAUAAGAUUCACAACGACUUUGUGGAGUUACUAACUGAACAGAAGCUUGACAGCAAAUCACAGUGGCGUAAGGUUCGUGGUAAGGUAGAGAAGGAUCCACGAUGCAAAGCUGUUGAAAGCUCAGUACAGAGAGAAGAGUGGUUUAAAGAACAUCUUGAACAACUUUAUAAGAAAGAGAAUGCUGACAAGGAGAAAGAAAAAGAGAAACAGGAAAGAAUAGAAGCAAGUCUCAGAGAGCGAGAGAGAGAAGUCAGAGCAAGUCAGGCUGAACUUGCCAAGGCCAGAGAAAAAGAGAAAGAACAGCACCUCAGGGACAAGGCAGAACAACAUUUUAAUGCCCUCCUAGCUGACAUGGUUCGCAAUGCAGAUGUUGGAUGGAAGGAGACCAAAAAGACUUUGCGCAAAGAUCAUCGCUGGGGAAUGGCUGAUGCUCUAAGUAAAAGUGACAAAGAAAUACUCUUUAAAGAGCACAUUGAAAGUUUAAACCAGAGAAAAAAGGAGCAGUUUAGAAAACUACUGGAUGAUACUCAUGAGUUGACUCUUACCUCAUCCUGGAGAAGUAUUAGAAAAAUUAUCAAGGAAGACCCCAGAUAUUCCAAGUUUUCCAGUCAGGAUAGAAAGCGUGAAGAAGAGUUUAAUCAGUAUCUUCGUGACAAACUGGCUGAUGCUAAAGGGGACUUCAGGCAGCUACUCAAAGAAACACACUCUCUUACACACAAAACAAAGAAACUCGUUGAAGAAUCAAAUAAACAUCUAAGAGACAUCGAAGACACACUGAAGAAAGACAAAAGAUAUUUGAUACUGGAAUGUGUUCCCGAGGAGCGAAAUAGACUACUUAAUAAUUACAUCGACGAAUUGUUUCGAACUGGACCACCUCCACCACCCACAGCCUCGGCACCAUCAAACAGAUCCAAAAUCCACUCAUAAACAGGGAAAAAACCUUAAUCAUAACUUUUCUUCUUACUGUAGAUCUAUUAGCUGGAACAGUGUCUUUUCAUAGGUCACUGAUAUGACUUCCUGAGUUACUCCUUUUAUCUUCUUCACUCCAGCCUUAACCAUGGCAGUGUUAACUUAAAUAGAUCGAGGUGUAUGUUUCUUUUGAAAACCAAUCAAGGAUUAGUUGUGAAUUUUUAAAGUGUACUAUUACCAAAGAAUGCAUUUUACUGAAUCUGAUUUAAUCAUUAUUGUUGAGAAACAAGGUGUUGAACCUCUCUAGGUUUAUCAUGCCAGGGACAGUCCUUAAAGCCAGUCAAGGAUGGAUUGGAUGGAUUGGUAAACAAUAGCCUGGCUGUACUGUAGGUGCAGGCUAUGGUAAUUAUUAUUGUCACAAGUCACAACAAAAGCUUGGCCACUAGGAAAAGGGGAACUGCAAGUUAUGAGUAUUGCUGUAGAACCAUAAAGAUUUGAGUGUAAAGCAUUAGGUAGUUAUCCUGUAAUACAUGUAAAUCUGAUACCCAAAUCUCUCUGUCUUGCAGUGACCUUUAACAUACCUUUGAAUUAUGCUACUUAGUGCAAUUUUUAGACUUAAUAAUAUUCUUAUGAUUUCUUUCCAAUUUGCAUGUAAAAAAGGCAACAUUGUAUUCAGGUAAUUGAGUGAAAUAAAUUCAUUUUGGCUUUUAAACAAAUCCCAUUGUGGCUAACAUGUAUCUUUGUUUGGAAAACAUGUUUAAGAAAACUUCAUGUUUUGUACACUGACAAUAAACUUGGACAAAGAACUUUCUUCAAA